GGGCAGAGGCACUGGCAGCGGCAGCAGCAGAGGUAGAAGGAGAAGGGCCAAAGGCAUAGGCGGAAGGGAGAUGAAAGACACGCUAUCGAAAGGAGACGCGACGCGACGCUCAUCCUCAGUUGCUGCUGCUCGCUGCAGGUGCUCGGUUCUCGUUCUCGCUUGUACUCUUAUUACUCUCUUCUCUCGCUGCUGCCAUGACCAAUCAGCUGUUCUUUCUCAGCCUCGCGGACAUCUUCUCCGUGUAUCCGGCCAUCUUCAAGGAGCAGAGCAAAAAACUGAAAAAAAUGAAGCAGAUCUAUCUGCCCAGCGACGAGGAGUGGCAGGACAAAAUGUACUACAUGCUGCUGGAGAUCCAGCGGCAGGUCAACGAGUCGCCGGAAGAGUCCACCCUCUCCCUGCAGGACAUCCACAAGAAGGAGAAGCCCCUGUUCGAUCCGCUGCGCAUCACCAAGAUCCUCACGCCCGGCGUCAGUCCCAAUGGGCGACGCAGUCGCGUUCUGAAACACUGUCACGCCACCACCGUGAAGGUCCGCCUGAAGACAGGCGCCCGCUGGACUCUGCCCACCAUCGGGAAUGCCGCGAAACUGCUCCGCAAGCCCCCCAUUCUCGUGCAUUUUCGGAAUGAGCACGAGAUGCGAUUGGCCUACUCUUUGAUCUACGAUGUCUUUCGAUAUAAGGUUGUCCUCUCUAAUGCCUUGAACGAUGUCUGUUUCUUUGAGCAGCACAGUCAGUACCUCGAGGACGAGCAGCGUAUAUGGUUAAUGCUCUUCGAGCUCCACGAUCGCCAGUUCAAGGGCCGCAAUUCCGAAGAGCAAGAGCUUCAGGCGAGCCUCUACAAGGAGGCAGAGGUCACAGAUCUGGCGGGCGUGCUCUGGCAGCAUCGUAUACGACUGGCCGCCUCAUUUUCCCGCAUGAGAAUAAAGGUGGGCGCCCUCCGCCUCUCGCAGCUACUCCCGAUUCAUCUGCAGAACGAAAAGGUGGCCAUAGCAGCAGCCAAUCCAGUGGUCACCGGCUGGAUCAAUCCCUUUCUGGUGCGCACCAAAGUGGAGGCGGAUAGGAUCCUUACGGAAAUGGGCUUCACUGUCCAUGGGCCGGACGAUGAGCAGCCGCUGCUGGAGCAGCACUGCAAGUGGGACAACAUCUGUCCGCUGGUCAUCUCCUGCAUACCCAAGGACCGCAGCGAGUUCACAAAGUCGGAUCUGAUGACCAAACAUUACUUCAUCAUGCAGGACAAAAACUUCACCUUUGGCCCUGCCAUUAUGUCCAAAAUGAUGGAUUAUUUCGAGCUGGAUGGCGACAUCCUGCAGACGCAUAUUGGGUCGCCACGCUCCACCGCCUACUUGGCGGCCCUCUUCUACUCCAUUAACCGCGUGAAUAACUUCUACGUGUACGGAGCGGGGACCAAUCUGAAGGACUAUCGACGCUACAUGGAGUCCAUUGGCGUGAACAAUAUACGACUCUUUGGCGACGCCUUCACCUCCUUUCCGAUGGAGUCCAAUCGAUUCCGCACUGUCGUGGGCAUCUUCGCCACGCCCCCGAACUCUUUUAGUGCCAUCUCGGAUCCCAUAGAUCUGAUCUGUUCGCGGGGCGGAGAUCUCAGCAUGCUGGAGGUCCUCACCGAGUCGGAGGUCAGCGACGAGGGGCGCACGCGAGUGGCCCUGAUCCUGGAGGAGCAGCUGCUAACCCUCACCAUGUCCAUGUCGCGGCCGCAGGUGCAGUUCGUCCUCUACCAGACGCACUCCAUUGUGAGCACCGAGAACGAGGACAUGGUGGAGCACGUCAUCGAGCUGAUCAACAAGCUGGCCCUCGAGAAGCAUCGCAAUGCCUACAAAGAGGUGAAGCGGCUGGAGGCCCUGGCCGAGCUGGAGGCCGCCAACAUCCCGGCGGCUGCCAUGAGCAAGGAUUCGCCCCGCAAAAAGGACAAACUGUCGGCCGAGGACAAGCGCAAGUCGCAGCCAGAACUGCCAGCCCCAUCCUCUGCGCCGCCCCUGCCCCGUGUGGACAGCAUCGAUCUGAUUGUCACCCCGGACAUCGACGAGUUUGUCCAGGAUACGGUGCCGGACAUCUGCAUCCAUCAGGACAACUGCAUCCGGCAGCAGACGACAGGCAGCUUCCUUUCCCUGGUGCGCCGCAAGAAUCUCACGCAUCUCAAUGAGAAGUACCUCAUCCGACGGGCCGAGCAGCGCGGCCUCUUCGGCAAUCCCAAGAGCGACAAGGACAAGUCCAAGCCGAAGGCUGUGAAGCUGCAGGAGGUGGCCGAGCCUCCACAGCAGGACAUGGGCUAUGAUCAGAGAGGAUCUGCGUCGCACUCAAGUGCCCAACAGGUGUUCAAGAUGGUGUCGUUGGAGAAGCUGAAACAAUUGAGACUGAUCCACCUGUGCAUCGCCCUCACGUUUUUCACGAGCGGGGUGUGCAUCAACCUUAUCCAGCUGCUGAUGCACCUCGUCAUCAAGCCCUUCAACAAACGUCUCUUCCGCAAGCUGAUGUACUAUGCCUGCUACUCCCUCUACUCCCAACUGGUCUUUGUGGCGGAUUGGUAUGCCGGCAGUAAAAUGAGCGUUUAUAUGGAUGGGGAUGACUACAAGAAGUACGCUGGCAAGGAGCACGUGCUGCUCAUUAUGAACCACAAGUACGAGAUUGACUGGCUCAACGGUUGGAUGAUCUGCGACAAGCUGAAUGUCCUCGGUAACUGCAAGGCCUACGCCAAGAAGCCCAUCCGGUAUGUGCCCAUCAUAGGCUGGGGCUGGUGGCUGGCCGAAUUUGUCUUCCUCAAUCGCAACUUCGACCAGGACAAGACCAUCAUUACGGAGCAGCUGAAGGUGGUGUUCUCCUAUCCCGAUCCCACCUGGCUGCUACUCAAUGCCGAAGGCACACGCUUCACACCCGCCAAGCACGAGGCUUCCGUCAAGUUUGCCCAGGAACGUGGCAUGGCAGUGCUCAAGCACCAUCUGAUUCCGCGCACCAAGGGAUUCACCGCCAGCUUGGCUCCCAUUCGUGGCCUCUGUCCGGUUAUCUAUGACAUCAACCUGGCCUACAGGCCAACAGAUACGACCCCUUCCACAAUGCUGUCGCUGCUGAACGGAAAGAGCGUGGAGCCCCACAUGCUGAUGAGACGUAUCCCGCUGGAGCAGGUGCCGGAAGACGAGAAGGAGGCCGCCAAGUGGCUGCAGGAUCUGUUUGUAGAGAAAGACCGCAUUAUCGACAGCUUCCUCGAGACGGGCAGCUUCUUCAAGACCUCGGGCGUGAAGGAGGUUCCGGUGUACGUGAAAAAGCCUCGGCUAAGCUCGCUACUGAAUUUCUUCGCCUGGGCGAUAUUCUCGAUGUCCCUCAUCUUCUCAUAUCUGAUCAAUUCCUUGCUGGCUGCCAACUGGACGGCCUUCAUCACCUCGCUCUCCAUCCUAGGACUCUUCUAUUGGCUCAUGGGACAGGCCAUCAAGAAGACACAGAUUAGCAAGGCUUCAAACUAUGGAUCAGCUGCAGCCGCAAAAGCGAGCACAAAAUAAAUGAACUCUUAUUUGAUAUUACAAUUUUAGUCGAGGAGCCAAGCUAAUGAACUCAAUUAUCUACAAGUUAUUUUGUAAACCCACGUCACAACACUCUGCUAAACGGAUAAAUUCAUGAUUUGAUUCCUCUCGGAACUCCGGAAAGUGGUUAAGAAAGUAGGUUUUUUUCUAAGUUUAUGGUUACAAGGUGCACUAGAGCCAUCAAGUUUACGUAUGUAGUAGCUGGUAGUUAUAAACCUAAGUGAGCAUUGUUUAAUUCAUAAUGUAUUUGGAGAUUAAUGCAAUAAUUAAACUUAAUUGAAUUAAAUAUUCAAUUUUGACGGAAAUA